AUGUCGCUAGAUAGAUAUGUCUCCAUGAUAGAUGCCAUACUGAGUGCAUCAAAUCCCGAUGAAGUGAGUCCCAAGAAAAUCAGAAGGGCAUUGCAAGAGCUAUUCAACGUGGAUUUGGAUGCUCAACGGAAGGCAGUUAACGAUCUAAUCAUUGAGAGAUUUAAUGCUUUACAAGAUAGACCCAAAGUGAAAGAAUCAUCAAACACUCAAACCGUGGAGAGGUCGCCUACGCUGUCUGAAGAAGGACAAGUAGAUGAAGAUAGAAAAUUUGCACUUCAACUGCAAAAGGAAGCUGACGAAUCCAGGCUACGUAAAAAAUCAAGAAGUACUACGUCUAAAAAGAAGAGUUCACCCAAGGUAACUGAAGAUGGAAAGGAGAAGAAAAAGAAGAGAAAGAGAAAGGAUGCUGAAGGUUCCAACAGUAUUAGUGCGAAGAAGUACGUAUUAAGUGAGCCACUACAGCAACUUAUAGGUGAGAAGGAACUUCCUAGAACCCAGGUGGUAAAAAUGGUAUGGAGUUAUAUAAAGGAACAUAAUCUUCAAAAUCCAAGUGAUCGUCGAGAGAUUAUAAGUGACGAACUAAUGGAACCAGUAUUUGGUAAAAAAAUGACCAUUUUCUCAAUGCAUAAAAUAUUGUCAAAGCAUCUAUUUAAUAAGGAUGAACUUGUCGAUCCCACCAAUUAG